AUGUAUUCCACAUUCCCCACCACGGAGCACGCCCUGCUGCUCCUCACACUCGUUGCUAUUCUAUAUGUUUAUCGAUCUGUCGUCCGCCGACGCAGCGAAGACGUCCACAGGCUGCUUACCGCACCUCGCGAUGUCGCCAGUCUGUGGUGGGGGCAUGAGCUGCUCGCCUUUGAGGGAGAGGCAACCGAGAUGUACACCCGGUGGGCAUCCGUCUGCGGGCCUAUAUUCAAGAUCAAGGCAGCCCUCUUCCACCCUGACAUUGUGGUGGUGACGGAUCACGCAGCCGUACAGUACAUCUUCCAGAACGUCGACGAUUAUGUGAAGUCUCCGGCGUUCAGACCUCCCGUAGCCAAUGUGCUCGGCAAAGGACUUGUAUGGGCCGAAGGCGACGACCACAAGAACCAGCGCCGCAUCCUUGCCACCGCAUUCUCCCCCGAGGCGGUCAAGGGAAUGUCCGAUGACAUAGCGGAAUGCUCUGAGAAGCUCGAGAGCCGCCUCACGAACCACGUCCUCUCCCACGGCGGAGGCAGCACCGUCAACAUCGUCGAACACACAUCCACCUGCACACUCGACAUCAUCGGCCGCGUCGCGUUUGGCUACGACUUCAAGGCGGGCCAGAGCACCGAGGCGCAGCAGAUCCGCGCGUCCUGGGAGGGCCACGUGAACAGCGGCAUCCAGUUCGGCGCGUUCAUCGCGAUGCUCGUCAUCCGCGCGUGCCCGUCGGUAUUCCUCCUCCCGCUGCCCGCGAUCAAGGCGGGCGGGCGCAUCCGCGAGAUCGUGAGCAAGCUCUCGAUGCGCCUCCUCAGGCGCGGCGCGUUCAACGAUCGCGGGCGCGACAUCCUGAGCAUCCUCAUGAAGAACGACGGCGCGCGGGCGGCCAAGGAGGAACGCCUCACGCCCCAGCAAGUCGUCGAUAAUAUUAGCACGUUCAUGAUGGUCGGUCACGAGACCACUGCAGGGUCGCUGAACUUUACUCUGCUCGAGCUCGCGCGCCGUCCCGGGUUGCAGCGGCGUCUCCGGGAGGAGGUGCGCCGGAAGGGGCGCGAGCUCACGUACGAAGACGUCCAACGCCUCGAGCUCCUCGAUGCGGUGGUCAAGGAAGGGCUGCGCCUGUACCCCGCUUCUCCCCAGACCGAACGUGUCGCUCUCAAGGAUGAUGUUAUCCCGUUGAGCAAGCCCGUCCGCACGAGCGACGGCACGAGCAUCAUAUCGCUCCGCGUGGCCGCAGGGCAGGUCUUCCAUAUCCCGUUCACGACCAUGCACGUCAACCCGGCCGUCUGGGGCCCAGACGCAGCCGAGUUCAAGCCCGAGCGUUGGCUCGUGCCUGGGGGCGUGCCUCCCCCGUCUGAGCUCCCCCACGGCUGGAGCGGGCUCGUCACCUUCUGCGACGGGCCGCGCAACUGCAUUGGAUAUCGCCUCGCCAUCUACGAGUUCAAGGUGAUCCUCGCGACCCUCGUCCGCUCGCUCGAGUUCCGCGAGACGACCGCCGAAGUGCACACGCGGAUCUCGCCGACGCUGCAACCGGUGACCGACGGCCAGGGCGGGCUGCUUCCGCUCUACAUCUCGCUCGCUGCAUGA